UCAUCUGCGGUUUUUCACUGUGACCCUGAGCGGAAGUAAAACUAAAAGGCUCCAGCAGCUGCUUGUGUUGCGUUUUCGUGUUUCUGCUGAAUAUUUCAGUAACAAUGUCUUCAGUUCAGCAUCUGAGGGAUUUUAUCAGACAGAGAUUAACUGCUGCGGCGGAAGAAAUCUUCACCGAGGUUGAAAAAACUAUCGUCCGCUACGAGGAGGACAUGAAACUGCUGGAAACCUGCUGGAAUAAACCUCAGAUAAAGACAACCAGAACCGAUCCAGACCAAGAUGAACCAGAACCUCUGCAGAUUAAACAGGAGGAACCAGAACUUUCACUGAUUGAAGCGGGUCUGGAAGAACUUGGACCAACUAAAGGAAACCAGAAGGAUCCAGUUCCUGGAGGAAUCACAGGAGAACUGACAGAACCAGAACCAGCACAGAUUAAAGAUGAACUCACAGAACCACAGCGGCUGUACGUCCCGAUGUCCAACAGCCAGGAGGGACAGCAGCUGGUACUGAAGGAGGAGACGUCAGUGGACCGGCUGAGUUACCAGCAAACUGAAGCAGAACCAACCGCUGAGCAGCUUUACAGUUAUUACGGUUCUGAAUCCCAAAGUUCAGAAGGAAACGUCUCCACUGUGUCCCAGAGUUUGUCUCAGAGAAACACGGAUUCUUCUCUGAAAUGUGACUUCUGUGAAAAAGUCUUCAACUACAAAAACAAUCUGGUUCAGCAUCGCAGGACUCACACAGGCGAGCGGCCAUUUUCCUGUAAAACAUGCGGGAAGAGCUUCUCCAAAAGCAGCAAUCUGAAGGUCCACAUGAGGUCCCACACAGGUGAGAGGCCUUUCAUCUGCAGCAUCUGCGGCAAAGCUUUAAGUUCAAACAGACAUCUGUCCGAUCACAUGGUCACCCACUCCAGCCAGAGGCCCUAUGGUUGCUCAGUGUGUGGGAAAACGUUUUGUCAUGAGAGUUCCUUCCAGUACCACAUGAAAGGCCACAACGGAGACAGGCCGUAUUCUUGUGACACGUGUGGAAAAAGGUUUAUUCUCAGUUCCAGCCUGCUGACCCACACGAGAACCCACACCGGGGAGAGACCUUUCUGCUGCACCACGUGUGGAAAACGGUUCGCUCAGAGCAGCAACCUGAGCGUUCACAUGAGAAUCCACACAGGAGAGAAGCCGUACUGCUGCCCAACGUGUGGAGAGAGUUUCUGUCGUAGAGCAGGUCUGCUCAGGCACACGGAGACCCACAAGACCGUCUGAAAACCGGAGAACUUUCCUUCUGAAGGGAUUCAUUUUACAGUCAAUCAGUCACUUCUGGUUCCAGCUGCAGUCACUUUACAAACCAUCAAACACUGGAAGAGCUGCACCAUUUAUCCUGCAAAACUGUACAAACAAUAUUUUAGAACCAGGAGAGGAAAUAUUUGGUUGAGGUUUGAACCAACAGGGGAACCAAACUGAUCCGUUUAAAACAGAGCAGAUUAAUCAGGUUAACACACCUUUAAGGUUUUAAAGAAAACCUGACACAAUAUCUUCAAUAUUGUUAUUAACUGAUUACUAUGGUAAUUAUUAACUAGAGUUGGUUUAUUUUCUGAAGCACUGUUCAGUGCAUAACUUCCCCAGACAUAAAGAAGUAAAUAUCAUAUUGACAUCAACCAGAGGUCCAUAUUAACCCAGAACCAGGUUAAUGUUUAACCUGCAGAUCGUUUCUUCCUCCCUCCUUCUGUUUCAUAUCCAGAAAUCAAACAUUUGUAAACAGCCUUUAGUUUCUGCAGUUGAAUCAUAAAUUAUAUUAUAUUAUAUUAUAUUAUUAAAUCAGAAAACUCCAUUUCUCACCCAUAUUCCUUUAGUUUGGCUCAGAUAAAACAGAUUAUGACCCCUGACCCCUGAUGGCUUCGUGGCCUCCUGCUGGUAGAUAACUAAUAUAGAAAUGUUCAUCAGCUGAAGUAAAAUGAAUGAAGGGUGAAAUGAUCUCCUUCCACUCAGCAGGUGGAUCUGAUCUGCAACAAUAUAAAUAUAUAGAAAACACCUUAAUCUUCUGUAAAGUAAGGUGGAGGUUCUGUAGUACUGUGGGCCUGUUUCUCUGCCUUGUUAGGUUAAUUUAUUAUGAAUUCUGCAACAGAUUUUAAUGCAGAUCUGAUGUUCAGGUCAGUAAGCUGAAAACUGUUUCUGGAUACGAUCAAUAAUUUUUAUCAAUUAAAUCUUUCCUACGUGAAUAAAAUAAAUUUCUCUAAAUUAUCAUUUAGAGAAAUGAUCAUUUCUCUAAAUGGGUUUUGUUAGGGUUAACAUCCCUCCUGGGAUGAAAACACCAUGAUCAUUUAUCCAUACAACAAUCAAAACUCAUUUGUUUUUACAUUGAUUGCUGUUUUUUCUUAACGUUUUGCUUUAAUAAUGUAAUAAAUGUAAAUGUGGAAAGAACCUGACUCGUCAUUCUUGGAAUAAUUUGUUACUC